GCACAACAUCCUCCGUGCCUCUUUACCUUACCUCACCUUACCUUCUUCCCUCGCCAAAAAGUUCCCCAUCCAUCGAUCCAGUGCUCCAUACAAUUGGGCACCUCCAUCCUUCCAUUGGCAUCAUCACACCUUCCUCAGCAAACCCACUUCACCUCUGUCAGUUACCUUAGCAUCUUCAGCGUUGGAUAAACCGCCUUACUACGUAGCUUGGAGCCUGAAUACUGACCGAUGGCCACCUUGCUCUACCUAGGCAGCUAGCAUACCUCACCGACCUUACUUUGGCUCACGGUCAGGUAGCUCACCUCAGGUAAGCAAUCUAUCUACCUUUCCUCAGCUCCAGUCACCAACAAUACCGUCUGGAUCCAAGCUUCCAAGGGACUAGUGACGCCGCCCCCACGCGAGCGCCACAGCUUCCAAAGCCGCGUCGUUGAGGUUCUUCCGACCCAGCUCGUGUCGAAUCACUCCUUUCCGUUUUGCUUUCGCCGCCCACCUCACUGUCCACUCACACACCUUUACACCACACCGUCGGCGACACGCGCAGUCAGUCAGUCAGUCACUCACUCACUCACUUAGUGCCUUACCACUUAGGUACCCGCCCAACCUCUUCCUCUCUCUCUCUCCCUCACCUCUCUCUCACCUCUCACACACGCGCGUACCUCGCACACCACACGCAAACACACACACACGCAAACACACACACACGCACACGCACACACGCGCGGGGAGACUGGACCCGUUGUCCUUUAUUUUUGCGCUACCCAUCCUUUCCCCUGCCAGGACCUGACCUGACCUUACCUUACCUGACCUUGGUCGCCUUGCUCCUGCCGCCCACAUUACCUCAACACCCUUCUCCAUCUACGCAUUACCUGACCUUGCCUGACCCGACCUCAGGUAUCUCUUCAGGACAGUAACGCGCGCGCGUCACAUCACUUCACAACGUAUCGCAUCACGGCAAGCAACACAGCAGCAGCAACAACAAACCAACAACGCCUCACGUCGCAACACGGCACGACAUACGCUGUAUCGAGUCGUCAACCAAUCUUUACCGCUCUCACCCCCUCCCUCUCUCUCUCUCUCUCUCUCUCUCCGCAUCGCCCGAGUCGUCCGUCACAAUGGGUAAGUCGUGAUCGAAUCUCUCAUUUUCUCCUCCGUCAAUUUAUUGCCUACGCUUUGUUGCCCCCCCAGCACCACCACCACCACCACCACCAUCACCACCACCAUCACCACCACCAUCACCAGCUUGUCGUCGUGCGGCUCGCAGCUUGCGGCUUGCCAUCUAUCCUUGAAUGGUCACUCUCACACCUCUGCGUUCUGCUUCCCCUUCCAGCAUUGAUCCUCCACCGUGCUGCAACUUCACCGUGUCUUCAUUGCCCUCAAGUACCUUCCCUCGCUGAGCUUCACUCGCUUCCUUCCCCUCCUCCUAUAUGAUUACCAAUUCGUCUUUUGCCUUGUUACAUGGGCCUUCUCUGGAUCCAAAUGUACUCCAUCAUCAUGUUCACUUGACCCGUCCUGGCACAGGGUUGAAGCUGGAGCUCUAUUCUUGUCUCCAUACUCGUCCCGGAGUAGGAGCCCAGGCCGACUCCAUCCCUCGAGGAUGUUGGUCCGAAACGACGCAACACCUCUCCAGCUUGGAAACCACGUCCAUUGCUGUCACGAACACUUCCCUACCCCCCUUCUCCUACCCCCCUAGGUCCUGCAGCUAGCAUCUUCCAAGCAGCUCCUGUCACCUCCCCUACCUUACCAUACCUUACGCUCGCCUCACACACUCCCUCCUGUCGCUGUCCUGGACAAGUACGGACAGGACAGUACGGAGUAUUGUCCAGCCUUACCCUACAUAUACGUACGCUCGCUCAUGCCUACCUACCUGCCUGCCUUUUGUACACCCUUCGUACACGCGCAUACCUGACUUGGGACACAUGCGGACAUCCCUCCAUCCACCCAACCGUUCACUCCCAAUCAUCCCCCCAUCCGUUGAUCCAUCAUUUCAUGCCAGGCCUUACAUAUGUGUGAGAAGAACGCCGGCCUGCCUCAGCCCAGCCCAUAUCUCUCUUGCCUUACAUAGGCUUGAUGGUCCCCCCCUCCCCGCCACAUCCUCCUUCUCCCACCCACCCCUCCCUUCUGCCUCCCCCUCGCUUUCCCACCCCCUCCUCUACAGAGAGAAAGAGAAAGAGAGAGCACGAAAGACGGAGCGAAUACCAUUUCUUCCUUGCGUACUGUCCGCCAGCUGCAUUUCCUUCCUACUCCUUCUCCACCGACUGGCCUCGUACCCCCCUCGUCCCUCUUCGCUGCUGCCCACCUUUCGAGUAAGGUAUCCAAAUAUCCUCGCCGCUGACUCCGGCGACACCUAUCGACCUGUGAGUAGGGAGAGAUCUCGAUCGCCUCGACGUGGACGUUCGCGCAGUCCCAACCGCGCAUCAAGACGCCGUUCUUUUUCUCCUCGGAGCCGAUCCCGUAGUAGAGACGAAUACCGCGGAAGGAGAGACCGUUCCCCCAUGACUGGAACCGGCGCUCCGUCUGGAGGAUCUAGCACUGGCUACGGAGGGGCACCGCCACACCGAUCGUAUGAGGAGCGCGCAGCCGCCCGCGAGCAAAUGAUGAGCAAUAUUAGGGAAACGUCUCAACAGGAUCGCCGCGUCUACGUCGGCAAUCUUUCCUACGAUGUGAAGUGGCAUCAUCUCAAGGACUUCAUGCGACAGGCUGGAGAGGUUCUCUUCGCCGACGUGUUAUUACUUCCAAAUGGAAUGUCGAAGGGAUGCGGAAUUGUGGAAUAUGCGACGCGGGACCAAGCCCAGAACGCUGUGGCCACUCUCAGCAACCAGAACCUCAUGGGUCGACUUGUCUACGUUCGAGAGGAUCGCGAAGCUGAACCCCGUUUCAUCGGCGCCACUGCCAACCGCGGCGGCUUCGGUGGUGGCGGCGGUGGGAUGAACCCCGGUGGUUUCGGCGGCGGCGGUGGUGGCGGCGGCUACAAUCCCGGAGGGGGCAGUCGACAGAUCUAUGUUGCCAACCUUCCCUACACUGUGGGCUGGCAAGACCUCAAGGACCUGUUCCGACAGGCUGCUCGCAACGGAGUCGUCAUCCGCGCAGAUGUUCAUCUAGGACCUGACGGCCGUCCCAAAGGAUCGGGAAUCGUCGUAUUCGAGAACCCCGACGACGCUCGCAACGCCAUUCAGCAAUUCAACGGUUAUGACUGGCAGGGGCGUCUUCUUGAAGUCCGCGAAGACAGAUUCGCUGGCGCGGGAGGGCCCAUGGGCUUCGGAGGCCGAGGCGGCUUCGGCGGUGGCAUGCGAGGCGGUUUCGGCGGCGGGUACGGUCGAGGCGGUUUCGGCGGCGGCCGUGGUGGUUUUGGUGGUGGCGGCUACGGUCGUGGGGGUUUCGGCGGCGGUGGCCCCGGCCCAGGCGGUCCCGGCGGUCCCGGUGGCCCAGGCGGCUUCGACGCCGGCAACGCUCCUUCGGUGCCUCCUAACCCAUUUACUGACUACGCAACCGCUGGAACCGAUCGCAGCGAGGUCAUUUACACACGAAACCUUCCCUGGUCCACGAGCAACGAGGAUCUCGUCGAGCUAUUCACGACUAUCGGAAAGGUUGAGCAGGCCGAGAUUCAGUACGAGCCGAGCGGCCGCUCCCGUGGGACUGGUGUAGUUCGUUUCGAUUCUGCAGAAACCGCAGAGACUGCAAUCGCCAAGUUCCAGGGGUACCAAUAUGGUGGCCGACCAUUGGGACUGAGCUUCGUCAGAUACCUCAACGCUCAAGGUGGCGGUGAUAGCAUGGACACCGAUGUCCAUGCAGGCUUGACGCAGGAUCAGAUCAUGUAAAGGCUUCAAAUGAUGCGAUGCCCCAGCAACAUGGCAUCCAAAGGCCUGGACCCUAGCCUCGUCCUUUCACCCCCGGUUUAGCCCGGCCAUUGGACGUGGUAAGCUGUCACUGAACGGCCUGCAAAAUUGUUAUUGUACUCGUCACGCAUUUCCUUUACAGUCUCAUUCACUUUCAAAAUGGCAAAAUCUCCUUUCCUUUUCGAGUUGCAUUUCGGGUAUGCAAGGCGGGAUGGACUCAGCCAUGAUUGGCUCCAGGGUACAAGUCGUCGACCAUUCUGAAUCGACUCCUCAUCACGCAACGUCGUUGUUAUCAGUUACUUAUGAGGUUUCUUUCUGCCUCAGUCGUACAGUCAUCGCGGACAAGCACUCUGGCAGCUUCUGCUCAAAGUGGGCUUGCGAGAAAAAAGUUAUCCUUGGAUGGGGAUGCAUGUAUCUUCCUCGUCUUUUCCGAGGGCAGCUAGCGAGAUAGGAGGUGAAUCAAGCUCCUCAACCUUGAAUGAAUUUCGAAUAGAA